AUGAUAAAGGAAAUCAAGAAAAUCAUACAUAUACAUUUUAAACUUAAUAAAGAAAUAACAAUAGUUCUAAUUUCACGUGGAGUAGAUAUCAACGGAAAAGAUAAAAUUGGAAAUAUUGCUCUUCAUUAUGCAUCGGUUUGUAAUAGUAAAGAAAGGGAUGAACUUCUUACUUCGUAA